AUGGUCCACCUCGUCCUCUCCACCACUAGGGGCAACUCUGGCAACCGCUACUUCCCCCACCAGGGCUAUCUCGGCCUCACCCCGGUCCGCGUCGAGGGCGUCGUGCGCACAAAACUAGACGAGGAUGGCAAACCCAUCCCCGCGCGCGCCAUUUCCAUCUCCAUUCGUUGCUACCAGUCGCGCCUCACGCGCUCGCGCAAUUUCCGCUCGACCCUCGUCGCCGACCUCACCGACGUGCUGUGGCAGAAGCCGCCCGACAAGGACUAUGCGGACGUCGCGGAGAUGGAGUUUCCCUUCAAGCUCACCCUUCCAAAACGGACGCCCGGUUUCAGCACAGCAAACUACCAAGACUACCGCAUAUUCUGGCGGUUAGAAGCAGUGCUGGAUCAUGUGGAUAUUCCACGCGUCGGCUCCCGCAUUGUCCGCUAUUACGACCUCGGCCUCGUCCGCUAUGACUUGCCGCCCUCCCUCAGCCCUCCAUCAAAUCCCCCGACGUCCCCCCAUGCGCUACUCCAUCAAACGUCCAAGCCUCGCGCACCUGUCGUACGUUAUAACGUCUCCAUCCCCACGCUUCCUGUAGGCCCGUCCGACAUAAUCUUCACGACUCUCUCUCUGCAACCGCUAGACCCGAGCGUCACCGUUCGCAGUGCUACUGUAUCCGUAGAGCGACGAAUUGAUCUCCAUAAUAUUCCCGCCGCUCCCACUCCACUCGUAACAGCAGGGAUCAACUACUCGGCAGCCGCUUCCCCGUCCCCCAUCACUACCUUCUCACCCUCCUCCCUAACUCCCUCGUCUCUCUCACUCUCAGAGAACAGCUCAGACAGUGCUACGACGCCUACGAACCCGCAGUUUCUUCGUGAUCCUACAGCCUCCUCGUCUUCUUCAAAUCGAAGUUUCACUACGUUCGACUCUGCGACCAGCCUCACCUCGGGCUCAUCAACUCGCCCACUGCUGUCUCCCUCGACGUCCGGCGGACAGACGUCGCCCAUCCCCAUUCCCCGGCCACAGUCCUACGCCAUGCCCCCACCGUCCCCCUCCUCGUCAACAUUCAUGCCCCCACUUUCUCCGUCCUCGUCUGCGUCUUCAGAACAGCUGUUGAAGACAUUCACCGCGACACUUGUCUCCGCUGAGUCUACCUCUUUCGCGCGCGAUCCCUCAGGUAUCUGGUCAAACACUCUGACACUUCAAUGGCCGGAGAACCGCGGACACUACCGGUGGGCAGUCGGCGAGACCAUGCAGAGCGACUUCGCGUCGGUACGUUUCUUCGUGCGAAUCAGGGUGCUCGUGCACGGUCCGGGAGGCACCGACACAUUGGAGCUCGAGCCGAAAGAACUUACUGUCGUUCCGACGAACGGGGCGGACCGGCGAACCGCGAUGGAAAAGUGGGCUGAGCAGAAGGAGAGCGCGCUUCGGAGCAAGUCGAAGAGCCCUUGGCGACGGCGCGGCGAGGAGGCGAGCGUCGACGGCACGAGCACGAGUAGCAAGGAGCGCGGCCAUGCACACGGCCACGGCCACGGCCUGCCCUCGCCCCCGCAGACCCCGGCGCAUUCAAUCGAGGGCACGAGCUCUCGGCCACCGCCCUCCUCGGCGCACGCGUCGAGCAGCCCCAAGCCGCGGAAAAAGUCUUCACGGAGACCACACACAUCCGCCGGACCGCGGGACAAGGCUCACUUCGCGUACAGCGCGCCGGCGGAGAUUGGUCUGCGCUCAGACCCGGACCACGACGCGGUCGCGAGCCGGGCCUCGGGCUCGAGCUCGUCUACUUCCCAAGGACACAGCAGCACACAUGUGGGAAGACGCUUCAAGGAGACCGGGCUGGGCGAGAGCAUGCUGUACGCCGUGGAGAUGGUGAAGGGCAAGACGCGCGCGCGCGAGGGCGAGAAGCGCGCACGCGACUCGAGCACGAGCCAGGAGGAGCGCGAGCGGCGGGAGCGCCUCAAGAGCACGGGGCUGCAGCUCGGGCUCGAGCGCGACCAGGUGCGCGCGUGGGAGGAGGAGCUCGCGCGCAUCGAGCUGCAGUCGCGCCGGAGCAGCGCGAGCAUGCUCGGGUCGUGGGGCCUCUCGCGCCGACGCAAUGGCGGGUAGUUGCCGGGCCCGAGCCAAGUUUCGUUCCCCCAUGGACUUCGCGGGCGCGCGCCUCGUGCGGACGUUGUUGGUUCGCAGACGUGCUCCAUCUUUUCUGUUUCGACUCCAUGCGAUCUUCUCUGACGGCCGCCCGACCGUGGCGGCGCCCCUGCCCCAACCGUUCCCCUUCGCUUUCGCGCCGUGGGCCCCUUGGCUCUGCGGGUAUCGAUUCUUCCUUUUCGCCGCCCUGCUGCGUGCGCUCUGCCUGCUUAUUGUUGCAUUCGACCGGAUUUGUCGUCUGUGUGUCAUCGCUCUCGUACUGGAUUCGCUCCUGUUGUCGUAUAGUAUUGUCGUACUCAUUCCCCACUCGCACCCGUCCGCACAUACGUAUACUCACUCGGUCUCACCUGCAUUAUUCCCCCGGUCUUGUCCAUCCACCCCAUCGCGCAUCCCCACCACCACCGUCAUCCGAAUCUGCACCCGUCCCUGCGCGCUCGUGCCCGCGAGCGCCGCUGUAAUAUUAUUAUACCG